AUACUUACCCUGUCCCAAUACGCCCCUGCUGUUCAUGAACUCGGCACACCGCUCAAAUAAAAUGAGCAAAGGAAGAGCAAAGUACGAUUCCGUAUUCCGAAGUGCAUUGUCAAUAUCAAACACGAGUAUUAAUGUUAUACCUCAGUCUGCAUGGCACAAGUUCGUUCAAUAUGUCGGAUGUCCUUGACAAACCUCGCAACAUCCAGCAGUAUGAAGAUGGAGCACAGAAGGUAUUGCCUCCAUCAUACUUUCGACAUUAUAACUACCCAGGACCUGCCGGUCAAACAUACACCGACAACAAGGCUGCAUUCAAAAGAUAUAGAUUCCGACCGCAUCUCUUGAAUGACGUUUCCACUCGCCAUUUGUCAACUUCUCUUCUUGGGGAAACGGUGUCGAUUCCCAUUGGCAUAGCACCCACUGCUACACAGAGAUUUGCACAUAAAGAUGCAGAAGUUGGAAUGGCAAAAGGAGCAGAGGCAGUCGGUGGGCUCAUGAUCCGGAGCAGUUAUGCCAACAAAUUUCUGAAGGAGAUUAGGGCAAGUGCCCCAGGAGUUGUCCUGUGGCAAAACGUUUACAUCUGGAAGGACCGUCGUUAUACCAAGGCUCUCAUCAGGAAAGCCGAGGAGGCGGGGUGCAAGGCGUUGGUGAUCACAGUGGAUUCACCCAGUACUGGAGUUGACACAUCGGAUUUCUAUAGAAACUACAUGAUUUAUAAUCACGAAGAAUGCAGACAGUCCGAGAUAGACCUAGACCUUGAAGAACAACAGGAAGCAAAGAAAAGAGGAGACCCUAAUCUAAUAAUGUUCUUUACGGCUCUGAAAGAUCCCAGUAUUACAUGGAAAGACAUUACUUGGGUUAAGUCACUAACCUCACUUCCUAUCGUGUGCAAGGGUAUAUUGACAGCUGAAGCAGCGACUCAAGCCGUUAACGCAGGAGCCGAUGGUAUCAUCGUUUCCAGCCAUGGUGGACGUCAAUUGGACGGGGUACCUGCACCGAUUGAUGCAUUAGCUGAAGUAGUAGAAGCAGUUCGUGGGCGUAACGUUGAGGUAUACAUGGACGGAGGGAUACGGAAUGGAACCGACGUCCUGAAGGCUCUUGCAAGAGGGGCAAAGGCAGUAUUUGUAGGAAGGCCUGCUCUAUGGGGACUGGCUUGCGGGGGAGCUUCUGGAGUAGAAAAUGUGUUGAGAAUCUUACGCAAUGAACUGGAUUUUGCCAUGAGUCUUUGUGGUUGCCCAGACGUGAAUAACUUACCAAAGGAUAUUGUUGUGCAUGAGUCUUUCUACCAUUCUCCAAAGCACAAAUUGUGAUUUAAUAUUUUCUAAUAAUAGAUUAACAAACAUGCUUCUCCGUAGUAUUGGUGAAUCCCUCAAAGUGUUGAUCCCUAUUCCAGUUUGUUCCAAAUUAUUGUGAAAGUCACGGCAGGGACUUUUUGAUUUAAAUUCUAACAACAGUUUAAAGCUAUUGAAUUCAUUCAAUUUAAUAGGCUGGUCAUAAUCUUGUUAUAACUGUGCAUUGUCACGUUUGUUAAUAUAACAAGUCUUUAUGAUACGACCCCUGGGUCUCGUCUAACAAAGAGUUGCGAUUGAUACGAUCAACCUCAAUUAUAUGGAAACCCAUCAUUGUCAUAAUAUUUUCUACAAGAAGAUGAAGAUGAACAAAUGUCCUUUAAUUGUGAACAAAGAGAAGUACAAUGAAUUUCAAGAAAACAAUGAAUGCAUGAAUAUACUUCACAGUUAGAAAUUAUUUUGAACAAUCAUGUAUAAUAGAUCUUGACGCGCUAGCUUUCCAUAGUUGUGGCAGAUUGGAUCAAUCGCAACUCUUUGUAAGACGGGGCCCUGGAAUGAACAUGGUUUCAUGCAAUGUGUUAAUUGCGUGUUCUCAGUGGCCCGUAUUCUGAACUCGGGUUCAAAUUAAACUCUGGUUUAAAGUUGGGGUUUAACUAUGGAGAGCCAAUAGGGGCACAAAUUCUUAACAGUGCAUAUCCAAUUUAUAAACUCAUUUGACACCCAAAUUGUCUGGGAAUGAUAACUGGAGUAUUUUGAAGUAUUUUCCAUCAUUAUGAAAGCAAAAGGGUACAGAAAAGUAAACAUAAGAAGUAUACAAUAUAAACAGAAUGUUUUGAAUAUUUGGCUCCCCAUAAUUAUGGCACAGACUUAGACCAUGGACCAACUAGUAAGUCCAUGCUUAGACUAUGGUCUAAGUUAAACCCGACUUCAGAAUAUGGGCCAGUGUGUUCACAAAGUGGACUGUGUGGUGAUGUGAUUCAAACGGUUCAAAUGCGGUGAAGACCAUUUCACACACACAAGACACCUCUGAGGUGUGUUCACAGCGUUGACUAUGUGAAAAUGUGAUCCACGUUGUUCUAAUGCAGUCAAGGGCGGAAAUCUCUCCCGAAAGGUAGGCGGGAC